AUGCUUUCCGUCGCGGGACGACGUGCAUUCUCGCGACUGAACCUGCCCGUGUUGUGUCGAAGCCGCAAUGCACUUCAAGUGCAGAACUGGUGCAUACGAUCUCUAAGGACUCAGACCCAUCACAGUCACCGUCUUGGACCCAAACCAGCGACUAGUAGUCCAUGGAUUUUCUACCCGACUAGCGCGAUAAUAGUCGGCACGGCAUGUUUUAUUGCCUAUGAAACUUCGCAGCCUUUCAGGCAUGGUGUGCUGGCUAUUGCGAGAUGCUCAAGGGUAGGAGGUGCUGCUGUCCUAAGUGCCAUUGACUAUAAAAUCACCAUGGGGAAAAAAUAUGAAUCUAGUAGUGAAGAGAACGAAGCAUAUGCGGCGUGCCAUACGCGAAGCGCAGGACGAGUUCUGAAGGCGCUGUUGGCCAAUGGAGGCGUUUUCAUAAAGAUGGGUCAGCAUAUGGCUUCGAUGUUUGUUCUCCCCAAGGAAUGGACGGACACUAUGAAGGUUCUUCAAGAUAAAUGCGAGCCUACUCAGUACGACGACCUGGAAACCCUUUUCUUGUCAGAUAUGGGAGCUCCCAUUGAAGAACUUUUCGACGACUUCGACCCUAAUCCUAUUGGGGUUGCAAGCUUAGCCCAAGUGCAUGUUGGACAUCACAAAGCGUCAGGAGCGCGCGUAGCCGUCAAGAUACAGCACCCCCAUCUGGCCGAAUUUUGCGAAGUAGACAUGGAGAUGGUGGAUGUCACUCUCGGAUGGGUUAAAUAUUGGUUCCCCCAGUUUGAAUUCACCUGGCUAGGAGAAGAAAUGAGAACCAAUUUACCCAAGGAAAUGAACUUCGUCAUUGAAGCUGACAACGCCAGCCGAGCGGAAGCCGAAUUUCGUGACGUCCGCACCUCUCUCUAUAUCCCACAAGUGAUUGUUAGCUCAAAGAGAGUGUUGAUCAUGGAAUACAUACAAGGAGGACGAGUAGACGAUCUAGCUUACUUCGCUGACCAUAGUGUCGAUCGGAACAAGGUCGCCAUUGAAUUGUCGCGGAUAUUUAAUCAAAUGGUGCUACUGAAUGGAUGGUUUCAUGCAGAUCCACACCCUGGUAAAGCCUUUUUGACAAGAGACAGUGCCAAGCCAACUGACUUUUGGCCAGGUAAUCUCUUGAUAAGGCCAUCUCCUCCAGGGUCAAGAUCGCCCUAUAACUUUGAGAUAGUUCUUUUGGAUCACGGCCUGUAUUUCGACAUCGAUCACGAAUUGCGAGUCAAUUAUAGCAAGCUCUGGCUCUCUCUCAUGGCGCCCGCUUCACCAACUGUCCUCCAAGAAAGACGGAAGUAUGCUGAGUUAGUCGGCAACAUUGACUCGGAUUUGUAUCCCGUGUUUGAGGCUGCUAUCACCGGGCGAGCAGCGUUGGAGGGUAGUUGGGAUGAGAUUGAGGACACUAAAUUCCGACGUGCAUCCAGCGUGAUUGACAUGGUUCCCCAGACCGACGAAGAAAAAGAUGCCAUACGGCUUGCAGUGUCCCAAGGAGAUGGUGUCCUGCUGUCGGUAUUAGAUGUUCUUCGACGAGUACCUCGACGAGUGCUUAUGGUCCUGAAGUUGAAUGAUUUAACACGGAACACUCUAGAUCUUCCGAUUUCCCCUGGCUCCGCCGAGGAAAUGAAGAUCCCUCCCAAAUCGAAGAAGGCGAUUUCACCGCCUCCACAAGUUAACGAAUUCAUCACCAAGCUAUUGAACGAAUCAAAUGAGCAAUUGAUUGGAAUUUUGAGAGAAGUCGACAACUGGAAAUGGCCGCGGUCAGAUCUAAAUGCAUGGAUCAAGGUCCUCAACAAGUUCGACGACAUCAUGGACGCCAUUAUCCGCGAGUACUCUGUUGACAAGCUCCAACUUAACCCAUUCAGUCCUUCCACCAAGGAGCUGCUCUCGGGGAUCCUACGCUUUGAACGACUGCUCUUGGAGAAUUCGACGAAUCGCAAGACAUUCAAUUCAUAUGACCGAUUGAACAGUCUUUUAUCCACCUCAGACCUUGAUGUUCUCAUUCUGGCGUUGAACUUGCUUCUUCGCCCCUCGCAGCAGUACUCUGCUCAACCAGCUGUUUCUCACGCGCUCAGUAUUUCAACUGCUCGUCUUCAAUCUCUUGCGAAGCGAUGGCCCCAUUUACGCGAGAACGACAUUGGCCUUGUGGAUCUUGCCGGGGGCAAGAAUGUCCUGAUAGUGGAAAGGGUUCCUCAAGAAGCCCGAGAAGUUGUUUUCAAUUUCUAUAGGUCCAAUACUAGCACCAAUCCCCACAGCGAAAGUGCCGCACCGGUUGCUGGGGAUCCCACAACGUCCCCCCACAAGCCAGCAAUACCCACUUCAAAUUCUGUUCGAGUUCGUCUUGAUGAAAGCACCAUCCUAGCGGCUCCAGUGAUGAAUGUCCUUGCUGACGCCAUUGAGACCUACUCCAUUCCCGAAAACGAGGUUUUCGAGCUGCUUUGUCGGAUUAGAGGAGCUGCAUCACUCUCUCCCGGCAAGGAAACGGACCGCGAAAAGCUCGUAGUUGUCCGCUUGCUCGCGAUCGCCAUCUAUGGCCACACGCAUUCAGAAUCUCAAGCGACAUCUGCACUCUUUCUAUACGAGCCUGACCUCAUAGCCCACAUCGCAGAACUUCUUCAAGUCGAUCAAGGUGUAACUAUUCUGGUUCAAACGUCGGCUAUUGCUGCAUUGGACGCCCUUGCGAGAUACAAGAACAAGGUGCAAGAGGUCUUGGCCGCUGUCAAUGCUGGUGUUAAUCACGGCAUACUCAUGGCACUGGUUCGAAACAUGGCACUUGAAAUAGCCAAACCAGAAUCUCGUCUAUCGCAUGCAUUCGUGGAAGCGUUGCUGUCAUUCAUUACCUACCUUGCAUCUCAUGCCUCCGGAGGAAACUUGGUUGUAGGAGCCGGUCUUAUCCCAUUGCUCAUCCAGAUUAUGGAGAAUCGGACCGCCCUUCGUCUUCCCGUCAUUUCGAAAACAAUGCAGCUGGUCGACAAUGUCCUUUAUAGUUUUACGAAUGCAUUCAGCCUCUUCGUUGCAGCUCGAGGAGUCGAAGUUCUUGUUGACAGGAUUGAGUACGAAGUUGACUUUGACGUGCAAGAGUAUGCUCUCGGUCAUCAAUCGUGUGCCCUGUUUGGAUUGGGCGAGUUGCCUAUCCAGCGUAUUGCUGUCCUGAAGCACAUUCUCCGUUCUAUGCACCGCAUGAUGCAAUCUUCUGGAACAGCGGAAGGACUGCGAGGGCUCAUAGACAUGUCCUUGCUGAAAUCUGUCAAGAAGAUAAUCGAAUAUCGUGGUCUCUUUGGCCCAAACAUCUUACCUAUUGCCAUCAACAUCAUGUCCACCUUUGUUCACAAUGAGCCCACCUCCUUAGCAAUCAUUCAAGAGGCUGGAGUACCCGAUACAUUUUACAGGGCGAUAGAAGUCGGUAUAGAGCCAGCCAUUGAGGUCAUCCAAGCGAUCCCAAACGCAAUUGGUGCGCUGUGUCUCAACGAAACGGGACAAGCCCAACUUGCAAAACGCCCUAGCAUUAUCCCAGCAAUAUUCUCCAUCUUCACAUCAGACCGCCACGCAAAGGUCCUUAUUGACAAGGAAAACGCAGUCAUUGUCGGGACAGCUGUUGACGAACUCAUUCGGCACCAUCCUUCUUUGAAGGAUACUGUGUUUGACUCGUUGAAAGCCACCUUGGGUCAUAUUGAAAAUCUCGGAAUGUCAUUUAUCUGUCCACCAGAGAUCCAACACUGGUACCAGCUGGUGCCAGCGUUCCAGAGCCAUUCUUCUGACAGCGACGUCACGAUGCAAGAUGCCUUUGCAAACGACACCCUCACUACACCACCGGAGACAAUGGCAGAAAUCGUCGAAGAUGAAUAUGAAGAAGAGGACUCCAGCGAAAAAAACCACGAUAACAUCGUGGUCUCUUACAUCGACAUCCUUGGCCGCUUUUUGGAGGGGUUUUUCCAACACCCUCCUCAUUGUAAAGAUUUUGUCACCACAACUGAUGGUUUAGAAAGGAUCGGGAGGUUGACAGGCCUCCCAUGCUUGCCAUAUGAUUUCGCCAACAGUGUUGCAUCUGACUCUAUGGUUCAGGUCUUGCGGACCAUGACCGAGGUAGCAACUGCCGAAACCCUGCUUCAUUUGGCAGAGAUUGUCAAAGUAUCUCUUGAUGAUAGCAAAUUCUUUUGGAAUCAAGUUGAAGAAUCGUCGAAGCUACUUCCAUUUGUGGACUUAUCUUUGGAGCAAGCGGAAGUAGCAAACCGACAAUUCAGGAGCCUCGUCACCCUACACAUCCGAAUCACCCUACUUUCCGACGUUUUCGCCACUGCUGGCCAGGCGCAAGGCAGAGCAGCGAUCAGCCUACUGCAAACGCUCAUGACUAACACACCGCUCCAAGUCCUGACUGAUCUUGGAGCCCUUCAUCGCGCCAGUAUAUGGGAAAACAUAUCUCUAAAUGUAGGCCUGAGCUCAAAAGGCAUUGAAAUACAACCGACGCCCGGGGCGUCUCCGUUGGAAGGAUCUCCUAAUCAACCUACCCUGGAUUUACCAGGUUCGGACGGUUCCGUUCUCGCCAAUAGAUCCAACAAUGCGAAUGGAGUACAGACCGACAAGCCAAUCACUUCAAAUGCUCUCGAAAAUCAGAACCCUAUCGCAAAGCGCGAGGAACCACGAGACAGGAAUGUUUCUUCGCUGAAGCAUAUCACUCAGGGACUUCCGAAUGCUCUGGCACCAUUUUUCCAAGCUAUGGUAAAAAUGUUCCAUGCUCGCAGAAAUCCGGAUGCUGUGCAAAAGAGACAAAUUACGGAGUCGUCGAAGGUUGUGGCUUCUAUCAUGUUGGAACACCUGAGUCUGAAGAGAUUUGAUGAUAAGGCCUCACUGUACAACUAUUACAGUGUAAUGUUCGGGCUCUUCACCCUGUUGCUCGUGGAUGAGCGGACGUCCACGAGCACCUUACACACCGUCGAGCUUUUCGCUUUCUAUCAGGCUGGCGGUUUCGACGCCGUUUUCGAUAUAUGCGCUUUGCUAAUAUCCUCAGUCGAUGAGGUCGCCAAGAUAAAGGAGGAUGAUCGGACGGAACAGCAAAAGAAGGAACUCUUACAUGCUUACGGAGCUUUGAAAGUUGCUCUCAAUCUCAUUCAUCCCAUCCUCGCUUCCAAACCCCUCUUCGAGUCUGGUCAAACACUCCUGAUCAUCACCCGAGACAAGAAGGAUACCGACCCUGACUAUUUCGAACCACACAACUUCCUCGUAAAACUGCGUCACACUGCUCUUCCUAUGAUACAAAGUCUCUGGGAUGCUCCCUGGCUGGUACAGGCACCGCUUGGUGUCAGUCGAUACGUAGUGCGGACUGUCCUGGAGCUUGUCAACGGAGAAAAUGAAGAGGCGAAGGUUGACCCCAACGCAGACGUUGGCCCUGGCUCCACCACUGUUCCUCGAGCCACCGGGCCAGAUGAAGGUCGCAUUCGGAUUUUGACUGAUAUGGGCUUUCCUCGUUCAGCUGCCGUACGUGCUUUAAUUCGGACCCACAAUAACGUGAAUAGUGCAACGGAAUAUCUGCUGUCACAUCCCUUCCCCCUUCCUCCCGAUCCUGUUCCGGAACCAAUACCUCCCGCCUCGUCUGAACAUGCACCCGAGACUACGACGGAAGAACCAAUGGCAACUGAAGAUAUCCCGAUUAGUGGAGAGGGAGAAGCUCAGCCUCCAGUUGAGGUGCGCCCCGAAAUUGGCGAAGCCACUAGUGAUCCUCCCAUAGUAGGCAAGACUGUGGACGAAUGGCGGAAGUCGUUGGACGAGGCGAGAGAGGCAUUGAGGGCGAACAUCAGCAAGCGAUCACUGCUGCUUAUCGACGAACACCUGUCACUCUUGUUUGACCUCCACAUCGCAUUCACGAAAGCAAGCAAUCAUCAAGAACAGGCCAUCCGCAAUCUCGUUGGAGACAUCGAGAAGUUUUCGUCGUUCGCAUACGAUGUAGAAGAGCAACCACUUGCCAAUCGCUGUCGACUAUUAGCGUUGGUUCUUUGUGAAACACCUUCUUCUCUUGACCAAGGAUUACGGAACACCUUGAUGGAGCACCUACUUGCAUUGUUGCUGUCCAGCAUCAAUCCCGAGCAACCGCCUCGUUGGCUCGCAGCGCAUUUGCUUGUCACUGAGGCUCUGUUUACCCUAGCUGAUGAGCCCCGUGCCAUUGAGUUGCCCAAGGAAGAUGAGCCUAUGGAACCAGGCCCGAUAGCCAAUGGACCGUCACGGGCGGAGGCGCGAACCGUUGUCUUUGAUUUCUGCCUUCGCCUGCUCGCUGUCCCCGAUUUACCUGCAGAUGAGCUGCUGUCGGUCUUACGGUUAUUUGUACUUCUCACACGAGACCGAGAGAAGGCAGCGCAGUUUCUUCGUCGUGAUGGACUUUCGUUUCUGUUCACCCGCCUUCGAAAUUCCCCUGUGACGGGAGGAUCUUCGUAUGUUGCAACCAUCCUCCGCCAUGUCAUCGAAGACGCACCAACAAUCACGACCAUUAUGCAGCAAACCAUCAAACGGUAUUUCACUCAUCCGCGAGCACGGACUGCAGAUGCGAAUACAUAUGUGCGGAAUUGCAGCGCUAUCGCCCUACGGGAUGUGGAUAUCUUCAUUGAUGUGACAAAAUCAUUGUGCUCAUUGGAGCACCCUUUCACCCCAUCACCCCAUAUCAAGCUUCGCACGGAUCCUAAUUCUGAGAAGCUUACAUCGUCUUCGCAGGAAGGCGCCAUGGACAUGCAAGUUGAUUCACCCAUGGCAGGUUCCGCCAAUGUCACACAGAGAACCGCGGAAAAUGUCAUCAAUCUGCUUGUCAAUGAACUCAUGAACACAGUGAAGGUGAUCAACGAAAUGCCUCCUCCUGUUGCCACUGCAUCAACUCCACCCCAUCCGCCGCCCGUCGAAGCUACUCAAAACGACUCACUCGACGGCCUUUCAGGCAGUUCUAGUCAGCCAACUGCUUCGCCCGUCGACAUUCAUGACAAGUAUCAAUAUCUUUGUUUCGUCAUGCAGUGCUUGACUGAGUUGUUGUUCUCUUACGAUGCCUGUAAGGCGGCUUUUCUUUCCUUCUCCACCAAAAGGAGGCCUUUGCAACCACAAUCCAAGGAAUUGUCCAACAAGUUCCGACCUGUAACUCUUCACUUCCUGCUUUCCGAGCUCGUCACCUAUGGCACUAUCACCCCACUUUCCGACCCCAAACUCCGUAAUCGAGGAUUGCUUUGCAGCUGGGCGAUGAACUUGAUUGGUGCACUGUGUGUGGAUACAUCAGCUGCCCAAGAAAUGAAGGAAAUAUCUCCAGACCUGCUUUUCGUGCGGAAAUUUGUCCUGGAAACUGUCGGACGGACUAUCAAGGAUGUUUCGUCUACAAGCGAAAGCACGGAGGCUCGAUACGGUCGCUUGCUUGCUCUAUCAGACUUGUGCCAUCGUCUUCUUACUGUCCGUGUCAAUCCGAGUUCGCGAAAGCAGCAGGAUGAUGUUCCAACACACGUGGCAAAAAUUAUGUUGGAGAAGAAUUUUGUCUCUAUCCUCACUAAUGCCCUUUCUGAGGUGGAUCUUAAUUAUCCAAAUGUCAAGAACUUGGUUGCCUCCCUUCUUCGUCCUCUGGAGCACCUCACUAAAAUUGCGAUCAAGAUGAGUAAGGCUUCGAGCAAAAAUAAGGAAGACAUCCGCCGCGACGACAGUGUAUCCUCAGAGUCGGAAGAUGAGGAUGCCAUGGAUGGCGAUGGUAGGGAGGAGACCCCUGACCUCUAUCGAAACUCAGCUCUUGGGAUGUAUGGAGGGGAAAUGGAUGACGGCCACUAUUCCGAAGACGAGGACAUGGAUGACGAAGACGAAGAUGACGUAGAGAUGGACGUAGAAUAUGGAGAGGAAACUGGAAGCGAAGAUACGUCGGCUUCGGAAUCGGAGGGUGGGGAGGAAGACCGCCUCGACCAUAUGACGCAGGAUUCUGGCGAAGGUUGGGAUGAAGGAGACGAAGAAGAGGAGGACCUGGUCGAGAAUCAGAACGUAGAUGAGGAGCAAGCACCAGGACAUCAGGACGAGGAUGAGGACGAGGACGAGGACGAGGAUGAAGGUGAAGGUGAAGACGACGAGGAUGAAGAGGGGAUGAUGUGGGAGGACAUGCAACAAGAGGUCGAAGGCCUUGGUAUCGCGCUCCAGAAUGUUGAUGACGAAACCGGCCAUGGAGUCCCUAUUCAAGUCAACCACGAAGAAGAUGAAGUCGAGAUGGCGUCAGAUGAAGAAUUUUUACUGGAGAACGGCAACUUCCAGACCGAGGGUAUUUUCGGCUUUGGGGACACAUUCGUCAACGCAGGGAGCAUUCGUGAUGGUGGCGGCUUGUUCGUUCAUCGCCGGCAUCGCGGACACGUAGACCACCAAACGUUCGGGCGCCCCAGGCAUGCUCCUACAGCUCCAGAGGCGACGACCCACCCAUUGCUUUUGGACAUGUCCACACCAGCUCGUGCACAAAUCAGCAGUCAAAAUCGCAGCAUACGCAACGCUCAGCGUCUUUUUGCCAAUAGCCAUCCCAGCCUCCUGCAAACAAUCAACGAGAUGCUCGGAGAAGGAUCCUUUCAAAUGCUGCAGCAGAUCAUCUCGCACGAAGGGGCGGGGGAGACCUUCCGCAUCGAAGUUCCAGCGGGCACAAUUCUACACCAUGGUCGUCGCUUCUUUGGAGGAUCUAAUCGAACGGAACGAGUUCCACGACCACAGGGUCAUAGACAGGGCCGAGAGUUUGAUCCACUGCUUACAUUGCAAAGAUGGGCUGAGGAGAUGAAAAUUCUUCACGGAGAUUUUGUGGUCGAACGCGUCGGGAGGCUCACUAAUCAUGUUGUUUUAGCUAUGCUUCCUGCUGCUCUCGAGUCAAUUAAGCAGGCCAAACUCAGGGAAGCGGCCGAAGCAUCUGCCCAGAAGGAAAGGCUGGAGGCUGCCCAAAAAGGGGAUGAGGAGGAGGCAGAAGAGACCACCGCCCACGAUGACAAGGGAUCAGAAUCACCCCCACCCCCACCACCACCACCACAGGGCGCUGUGGGAUCAACACCACCCCCGGCCGUGCUAGAACCGACUUUAGCGUCAGAAACUACAACGACGCAGGAUGUGGAACCUACGACUCAAGUACCCAGUGUAGCACCUGCCGAUUCUCCAUCCAUUAUACAAGAUUCAGCAAUGGGAGACCCUCCUUCUGUCGAUGUAGACACAGAAAUGGCCGAUGCAACCGACUCCCCCCAGGCAACGUCUCUAUCAGCAACGAUCCCUGAAGCAGCUGAGGGUUUAUCUUCAACAGAGACACCGGCAGAGUCUUCGUCUCAUGCUGACCAGAACCCUCCAGAACGUAUAACGGUGAUGAUUCACGGAAGCGCGGUGGAUAUCACCGAUACUGGGAUCGAUCCCACUUUCCUCGAAGCUCUCCCCGAUGAUAUGCGAGAGGAGGUUUUGAAUCAGCAUGUCAGAGCUCAGCGGGCAGCAAGAGUAGAACGACCACCAGAUUCACAGAUCAGCGCCGAAUUCCUCGAUGCACUGCCACCAGACAUCCGGGCAGAAAUCAUCCAACAGGAGGCGAUGGAAAGGGCUCGUCGCAGGACUGAAGAGGCUUCCAGGGCGCCAGCCAGAGAGGCAGCCGAAAUGGAUCCCGCAAGUUUCAUUGCCAGCCUUGAUCCAAGUUUGCGACAAGCAGUUCUUCUGGACCAAGACGACGGCUUCCUGCAGACGCUUCCCUCUCAUAUGAUUGCUGAAGCAGGUGCCUAUCGGGACGAAAUACAGGCCCGCCGUUCUCUGGCUUCUCGUCCCGCCGCCCGCCUGUCAACCGCUCCAGGCCUGCCGAAGAAAUACGCUCCCCAACACGACGCAAUCUUGCUGUUGGAUCGCCCCGGAGUCGCAGUCCUUGUUCGCUUGUUGUUCUUCCCACAAGUUCUUAAGAAGACACUGUUGUUCAAGGUCCUCCUCAACCUGUGUGAAAACUCCAAGACUCGCACAGAGCUGUUCAAUAUUCUCCUCAGUAUCCUUCAAGACGGAGCUGCUGAUCUUGCUGCAGUUGACAAAAGUUUUGCGCAAAUGUCGGUGCGGAAUCGCGACUCGAAACUUCAAACACCGAAAUCUGCGAGCAAACAGAGGGCCAGUCAGAGCGACUACCUUGCCUCCAUCUUACCGACUUCUCAGGGUGAAGCCGUACCUGUCCUUAUUGCCCAGAGAUGCAUUGAAGCUUUGAUGUUCAUCGUCAGCGAGAACGAACCCUCUUCGCUUUUCUUCCUCACGGAACAGGAGCUUCCAUUUAGUCUCCGAAAGCCAACAGCAAAGAAGGGCAAGGGUAAAGAACGUCAAUCGCAGUCGCAUUAUCCCUUGGUCUUACUUCUGAGCCUCUUGGAUCGGCAAAACCUCCUUCGCACCGCUGGCAUCUUGGACGCUGUUGUUGGUUUACUUGCUACCGUCACUCGCCCUCUGUCCACACUAAAGGAGCAAAUGAAAACUCUCGAACAGCAAGGACCUGAUCCGGCCACAACAACGGCCACAGUGCCGGACUCGUCCUCCAGUGCGGUGUCCCCGGCAACACCCUCGGAGCCACGGGGCAUUGUCGCCCAGUCCAGUACAAGCACAUCUAUAGUCGCUGAUCCAUCAACCGUGCCAGCCGAAAACAAACGCGAGGUCAUCGAUGAAAAGGUCCUCCUAUCCCAGGUUCCUCAGGUCCCGCAUAGCGCACUCCGCUUGAUUGUCAACAUCCUGACCACUGGAGAGUUAUCUGGCCGAACUUUCCAGCAAAGUCUGACUCUGAUACAAAAUUUAUCCAAUAUCCCUGAUGCACGAGAUGUCAUUGCACUUGAGUUGAAGACGAAGGCCCAAGACUUCGGACAAACGUUGUAUGCUGACCUCGAUGAACUCGCCAUUGCUUUGCAAGAUGCCCGGAGCAGUGCUACUAUCACCAACAAGUUCUCCUCUUCUUCCUCGACGCAGACCAAGUUGCUACGAGUUUUGAAGACGAUCGACUACAUGUACUCGGGGAAGCCCUCGGCGUCCAGUGCGCCACCACUUCCUGCAUCGGAUGACGACAUUGAAAAGGUCCAAGCUAUCUACGAGUCAUUCAGAUUUACUCCUCUUUGGCGGAGAUUGGGAGACUGCCUCUCCACUAUUGGGGAAAGUGCCGAAACAGCAGACAUUGCUCACUCUCUUCUCCCUCUCAUUGAAUCUCUGAUGGUUGUUUGCAAGUUCGUCGGCUCCAAAGGACCUUCUGUGCCGAGGGCCCUACGGGCAUCUGCUUCGCCAAGAUCUCCAACUACGCCGAAGGAGUCGAUGGAAGAGUUGUUUAUCACCUUCACUGACGCUCAUAGAAAGGUCCUGAAUCUCAUGGUACGCAAUAACCCGUCGCUGAUGAGUGGGUCAUUCUCUCUCCUGGUUAACAACUCUCGCGUGCUCGAUUUCGACAACAAACGGAACUACUUCAGUCAACAAUUGCAUCGCAAACCACAGAUUCGCGAGCAUUACGGAACUCUUCAGCUCAAUGUCCGCAGAGCUCGUGUGUUUGAGGAUAGCUUCCUGUAUCUCCAGCGCAAGACAGGAGACCAGAUCAAAUAUGGCAAACUCAGCGUCCGCUUCUAUGACGAAGAGGGCGUCGAUGCAGGAGGUCUUACGCGCGAGUGGUUCCAAAUUUUGGCACGCCAGAUGUUCAACCCGAACAACGCUCUGUUCCAGCCAUGUGCCGCAGACAAGUUGACGUACCAACCCAACAAGAACUCAUGGGUCAAUCCUGAGCACUUGUCGUUCUUCAAAUUUGUCGGGCGUGUCAUUGGCAAGGCUAUCUACGAUGGACGACUCUUGGAUGCAUACUUCGCUCGCAGUCUCUACCGUCAACUUUUGGGGAAGCCUGUGGAUUAUCGGGACGUCGAAUGGGUAGACCCGGAGUAUUACAACUCUUUAUGUUGGAUUCUAGAGAACGACCCAACGCCUUUGGACCUGACAUUCAGCGUCGAAGCGGACGAAUUUGGUGUCAACCGGAUUGUUCCUUUGAAAGAAAAAGGCGAGACGAUCCCCGUCACACAGGAAAACAAACGAGAGUUCGUACAGCUUUCUGCUCAGUACAGGCUGUAUUCGUCUAUCAAGGAACAGAUCGAGAGUCUUUCAUCAGGCUUUUACGAGAUUAUUCCCAAGGAGUUGAUAACGAUUUUCAACGAACAGGAGCUUGAACUCUUGAUCUCUGGAACCCCGGACAUUGAUGUCGAUGAAUGGCGAGCAGCAACGGAGUACAAUGGAUACACGAGCUCUGAUCCCAACAUCGUUUGGUGGUGGCGAGCUCUCAAAUCUUUCAAUAGAGAAGAAAGGGCCAAAGUCCUCAGCUUUGCGACUGGCACUUCUCGCGUGCCGUUGAGCGGCUUCCUCGAUCUCCAGGGCGUACAAGGGGUUCAGAAAUUCUCCAUCCAUCGCGCCUAUGGCGAACCCGACCGCCUUCCUCAAGCCCAUACGUGCUUCAAUCAAAUCGACCUUCCUCAAUAUAGUUCAUAUGAGAUGCUCCGCCAACAAUUGUUAAUGGCCAUACAUGAGGGAGGUGAAGGAUUUGCCUUCAGCUAG